GAGAAACAAAGCGGGAGAAAGUGUGGAAGUAUUUAGAACAUGUUUAAAUCUGAAACGUAAAAUGUUUUUCAAAAUAAGAUGUUUCUUGUUUUCGCUUGUUAUUGACACGAAUGAAUUCUUAACAAACUCAUUUAUUAUAACCUGUCGACGUGUUAGACAAAAAACGUACUUUGAGAGAUGAACAGUUUUACUGCGCGGUGAUAACCUACAAAUCUUCGAACAUGGAGACAUUUAAGAAUAUUGACUGGCAUCCUACGUUAGAGGAUUUAAUAGACGAUGUAUUCAUCAGAGAUGAAAGAAUGCAAGAUGAGAGCGCAAUGUAUAAAAUUUUGACCGAUUGCUUUAAAGAUCCCUUUGAAGAUAUUGAAUCUGAGUAUGCUGAGGUCGAUGUAGAACAAAUUAAACAACUCAGUGAUGAUAUCGAUAUUUCCGUUGAUAUGGAAGAAGAGAAAUUCAAGAAUAAGGAUUCUGUGCAAGAGGAAAAGUCUUAUGUUCCUGGCAUAAGAAAAUUGCCAUUCAACUUUCCAAGAAGAUCUUGCUUAAGCAAACCUCAGCAAGCUAUGUGUCUUCGUGUUUUAUUGAAAUUAUCUACUAAAGAAUAUAUGCUGACGGAUGUUCAAAGAGCUGAGAUGGAAGCUUAUAUGGCAUUACAAAAACAAAUAACUAAAGAACAAACAGAGUUCUUAGACUUUGCAAAGAGUAAAUGGGAUAAUAAUUUAACGCAUAUGAUUAAAUGUAAUAAAUAUGUCAUAGAAAAAUGGAAGGCAAAGGUGCGGAGGCUUCAGCAGCUACCUAGAUAUUAUAUUGAAUGUAAAAAUAUACCACUAUCUGUGCAAGAAAUUAAUAUUAAUACAUCAACUAAGAAGAAGAUCAAAGUGGAAUUUGUGACUUGUUUGAAGCAGGUAUCCUUUUUUGAGGUGACGUUGCCAAAACUCGAUCAGCCCUGUAAGUUAUCCAUGAAUCCUGAAAAUCUGCUCCGAAAAUAUCAGCCAUGUGUUGUAUUUGACAAAGCAACGGAGCAUUUCAGGUUUCCUGUAAGCGAGGAUGAAUAUUGUGAGAAAUUUGCGUUGGAAACCAAAGCAGACUUAAUCAUCUCGUCCAGCGGCCUAAAAUGUCUACUAAACAACUUAGAUUACAAGCAUACAAAUACGUGGGCUAUACCGGUAGUUAUAAAAUCGCAUAAUGAGAAGAACUUUGUAUAUAUCGAUAAAAAAUUACCACCUCUAAUUGCCACUGUACCGGAAAAGAAUACCUGGGUGUACAAGUACAUCCUCAGGUACUAUUUUGUCGAUGCUAAAAAUAAAUCGCUGGAAAAUGCGGAAAAAUACAAAUUGGAUAAAUCUGCAGUCCAUUUAGACUCGGACGAUUCAGAGUGUAGUUACUCGUCUAUUAAUCAUCUGAAAGACUAUGAAAAAGAUCUGUAUUUAUCAGAUACAGACGAAUCGGAGUUCGCAAGUGAAAACGAGGUUCCUGAAACACAUAAAAAUGUGUCAUACAAAGUUUUCACGAUAGAACCAGCAGAGUUUGUAGAUCAGCACGAUCAAGUGACACAUGCCGUAAAGAAGUAUCGAAUGUUAGUUCGCACAAAAACGGAAGGCAUUGAGGUAUCAUCAGAUGGAAAAUCACUACCUUUAAUAUUAGCGCCGAAGAUGGAGCACCAGUUAGGAUUUGGAGCUGAAGCUACAACAUUGGAGGAAGGAAUACAUCAAUGGGCGUCGCUAAUGUUUACGCCUGAGGCAUCGUUGGCAAGAGUUAGAAUAGAAGCGGAUACUUCGGAAGUGAUACAGAUAGAAAGACACAUGACAACGUCGCUGAGCAGCGAGAUGAAAAGGCUUUAUAACGUCAAGGUGGAAGAUUCUUUGAGCAUUCUACACAACAUUAUCGAAGUAUUGUCAUUCUUGACUCCUGGUCGGUAUAUUCUGAAGCAUGUACCACAAAACGGAUCUUUCGCGUAUGUUUAUAAAAAUGUUGAAGAAAGUGGGAAAAACGUCUUGGAUUUACAUGCGAUUUAUCAAGACGCAAAAUUUCAAACGGCAUCCAUUACGCCGUGGCCACUCAUAGACAAUAUGAUGACAACACCAGCGAUCAAGUGUUUUAAUAAAAUGCCUGCUAUGUUUAACGCUUAUUCUCCGAAACCUGUAGUAAGCACUCGACCUAGAGGACGUCCAAAGAAAAAGCCCACUCAAGAAUCUUUCUCCCUUGAUCGCAGCAAGAAUACUAGAUGAAACAAUUUAUAAAAAUGAAGAUGUGUGCCAUUUAAGAAACAUAGAUACAUAACUCAAUGUAUAAAAAAUAAUUAGAAACUAUUAGAUUUAAGUCUAUUUUAGUAACUCAGUAAUUAUAAUUUAUUAUUUACUUUUAAUACAUUACUUUUUGGGAUUCGACAAUUAUUUCAUUUGUGACAUUUUUCGUAUAAUUAUUUGAUGAUAUUUUAUCGAUUAAAAACGAUUUAGAAUUGUUUUCAGAAAACUGAAAAUAAAAUUUUUUAAGAAAUUGACAGAUAAAAACGGAUUUAGUAAUAUGUAUAGAUUUUUUUCAACACAAAGCAAAUCAUUUGAUUUUUUACUUAAAAAAUAUUUGAAUAUGCUUUGCUUUAUUAAUCAAUGAGACCAAUUUGAGUUUUACGACAACUUGAAAAAAAGGAAUAAAUUUAUAAAUAAAUAAUGAAUUAUUUUGUAAAUCAAUAUUAUUUAUUGAGUUGAUCAGACAGUUCCUUCGAAUUGUUUAAUAAAAAUGAAGUACAAAAAAUUCAAAGAAACCACAUCUGAUCAAAUAAAUUUUUUUUUGUAAUAUAUAAUAUCAGGUAUUUUAUAUUUUUGUACAUUUUUUCUAAAAUAAACAAAGUUCGAAAUGCAUGUAUGUAGAAGAGAAAGAUUUUCUAAUAUCUGAAAAUGAUUAUCCAGAGAGAUAUUUUUACCUCGCUUAUUAAUUUGAAUAAUAGUUUUGUAGUUUUCUCCAAUAGUUAUUGCGUAUGUGUAGUAUUCGUAAAAUAUUGAAUCUAUUUCUUUUCGUUUUUAGCUCCUCUUCGGAGAAGUCUUAGAGGAAAAAUAACGAAUAAAGAAUAAAAGAAAUGCAGUAUCAUUUUCUGGAAGUUUCUAUUUUCAAGAAUCUUACCAAAUGGUUAUUUAUUUGAUGUGCAAUUGACACAGGUAUUAAGUAGUGUUAUAAUUUUGUUGAUAAAUGCAUGUAUGUAGAAAAUAUUUCACUAUCAGUACAAGAUUAUCGUAAGAAUGUAUAUGCAUAUAUUUUUGUUAUUAUUACAGACAAAAUUAAAAUGAUAAAAUAAAAAUAACGGUAUCAAGAAUCUUUUUGCAAGAAAAACAUAUAGUAAAAAUAGUUUUUGUAUUCUAAUCUAUUGUCAACUUUAAAACUAGAGAGAAAAUGUUUCUAAAAUCAAACUUUUGAAUUAUGAUAGUCUUGUAUCGACAUAUUUAUAAUUUUUACUAAGAUAAAAUUAAUCAAGUUAUUUUUUUAUUUUAGUUUAUUCAGAGUAUGUGUUGUAGCAUGGAAUACGCUUUAGUUUUUUUAUCAAUUGUUACCACCUAUAACUGUGUCUGAAUGUGUUAUGUAUAUAUUUAUAUACAUUUAUUAAAUAUAUAUAAUUUAUUUUUAUAUAACACAAGACUGAAAACAAUAUUAAUAUCCGAGGGGUGUUUUCGUCGGUUUUAUUUCCUUCGAUUCCUCAAUCAUGCUUACGAGCUACAAGAUUCUUUAUAUAAAUCUUUCCAGAUCUUUU